AUGCGCCUCCCGGCCAUCGUCCCCCUCGCCCUCCUGGGCACCUCCUUCGUCUUCGCCGUCAUCGAGCUCGGCCUCGGCGGCCACGUCGCCUCCAUCUCUACCGGCUCCCGCAAAAUCCCCUACUACGACCCCUCCAGCGAAUGGGGCUACUCCUACAAGACCGUCACGAUCUCGGCUCCCCCCAUCCUCGCCUUCCUGAUCUUCACCGCUGUCUGGACCAUGCUCGUCUCUGCCGCCGCGUUCCUUCUUCCCUGGUUCUUGCGCGCCAAGGCCGGCCCCGGAACACGACUCAACACGAUCCUCACGGGCGCGCUGGGCGGCGUCUACUUUGUGACGAUGGUGUUCUGGCUCGCAUGCUUUGCGGACAUCGCGGCCGAUCUGAGCGGGAUAGGCACCGCCAACGAUUACUAUAAUGCGGUGAUUGCGUUUGCGGUGCUCUUGUGGCUCCUCUUCAUCGCGCUCUUCGUCCUCGUUGUUCUUGCCAUGCUUGGGGUCCUGGAGUGUGACGCCCCCGGGUACGCAGGCAUGAGGAAGGAGGAGAGGGCUGCAACGGAGGGAACCCAGAUGCAGACAGUCGAGGCUGCAUAG